AUGUCGACCCAGCACCGUCCCGGAGGCUACUGGAGUGCCGUCAAUCCAAUCCCGACCAUCCAGAAAUUCAUAGAAGGCCUUGACAGGGAGAAGAAGGAGCGCGACCGGCAGAUCGACGAGGAGAUCCGCCGCAAGAAGCAGCAGAAGAAAGAAGGCAAAGAGCCGGUGGGCCGUGAGGGUGAAAAGCCAUCCAAACGACCUGUCCGGAGGGUGACGGAUCCGACCACAGGCAAAGAGAUACAGAUCGAGGAUGUUGGCAAGGAUUUUAUGAAGGAUGUCCGGGAUCCAAAGCUUACAGUCCCCAAUGCCAACGUGGGCAAGCCCACGCCUAUCAAGACAGAUCCUCGCCAGGAUUUACGGGAGUACAAGUACAACCAGGACGUCACCUCUCCCCCAGACCCCAUUGCCGACGGCACUACGACCGACGUGCCGAUUCAUGGCGAGAGAACGAACAUCCUGUUCCAUCCGACUCCCUCCAUUACUUACCAGCCCAUGUUUGACCAGUUGGAGAGGCGUGCCUAUGGCAUUUGUGGGGGCAUGGUUAUUGCCAUAAUCACUCUGGGAAAAAUGUUUGGAGGCUCCUUCUGGGGCCUUUUGCCGCUAUCCUUCUGUCUCGCAUCGGGCGUGUUUCUCUGGAUGAAGGAGGUCGUCCGAAGUGGCAGGGAACUGGAGUGGAGCAGCGAGCAACUGAGGGGCGAAACUGCCACUGCUAAUCUCUUGCCCGAAUCAGUGGAAUGGAUGAACGCCUUUCUCAGCGUCAUAUGGGGUUUGCUGAAUCCCGAGAUGCUGGCAGGGGUGGCCGACACGAUCGAAGAUGUCAUGCAGGCCUCGGUUCCGGGAAUGAUCGAGAACGUCCGCAUUGCAGAAAUCGACCAGGGUAAUAACCCGAUCCGGAUCCUCAGUGCUCGAUCUCUUCCCGACGGCCAUGUCCAGCACCUGAAGGACAAUAUCCGCAGAGAGAACCAGAAGAAGAAUAAAGACCCUCAAGAAGCCGCUGCGGCCGAGGAAGGCUGUGACUGCUACAACCUCGAAGUCUCCUUCGCCUACCAUGCGAGGCCCAGCGGAGAGAGCACGUCUUCAAAGGCGCGGAACAUGCACAUGCACCUGGUGUUCUAUCUCGGAGUCAAGGGCCUCUUCGGGGUGCCUAUUCCCAUUUUCGCGGAAUUGAUCGAGCUGGUGGGAACGUUGCGGAUCCGACUGGAGAUGACGCCUCAGCCGCCGUUCGCCAAAUCGAUGACGUUCAGUUUUAUGGGGCUGCCACAUCUGCGCGCGGGCUGCGUUCCGCUGGUAAAGGGAGGAAUCAACAUCCUGAACCUUCCGGUGAUCUCCAACUUCGUCAACUACGCCAUCGGCGCAGCCGCCAGUCUCUACGUGGCCCCGAAAUCGAUGACCUUGGAUCUCAGCCGGAUGCUGAAAGGCGACGAUAUCGAAAAGGACACACCGGCGUUGGGCGUCAUGUGGAUCCGCAUCCAUCGCGCGAUCGGACUGAGCAAGCAGGACCAAAGGGGCAGCAAAGGCGGCGGCAGCGAUCCUUACAUCAACCUGUCGUUCUCCAAGUACCGCAAGCCCAUGUACUGCACGCGGGUCAUCACGGACGAGCUCAAUCCGGUCUGGGAGGAGUCGGCCGCACUGCUCGUCACGCCGGAACUCAUCAAGGCGGAUGAGCAGCUCAGCGUCGAACUGUGGGACUCGGACCGCAACACGGCCGACGACAUCGUCGGCAAGGUGGAGCUGUCGAUGCAGCAGAUGAUCCAGCACCCGGGGAAGAUGUACCCGCAAGUGUCGAAACUUCAGGGCAUGGACGAAGGCAGCCGCAUGCCGGGCGAGCUGCACUGGGAGGUCGGCUUCUUUGGGAAACCCAAAUUGCGACGCGAGCUGCGGACGGACGGGAAGAACAAGGAGCUUCCAGAGACGCUCCGCGGGGAUCCUAGCCUGCAAGACGAGAAGGGAGUCAUCACCACCGAGGAGGAAGACGCCGUCGAACACACGCCUCCGGAUCCGCUCUGGCCCAGUGGCAUCUGCAGCAUCGUCGUCCACCAGAUCGUCAACCUGCAGCUGGAGGAUAUCAAAGGAAGCAAAGGAAACCGCAAGGGCCAGGAAUACGAGCCUGCCAGGGACUGCGGAGAGAACACUGAGGAGCAGGGGAAGAAUCUGCCUACGAGCUACUGCACGAUCUUGCUGAACGACCAGCUGGUGUAUCGGACUCGUGCCAAAGCAGUCAGCAGCAAGCCGUUCUUUAAUGCAGGCACGGAAAGAUUCGUGCGCGACUGGCGAUCUGCGAUUGUCACGGUCACGGUCCGGGACCAGCGCUAUCGUGAGCACGAUCCCAUUCUCGGGGUUGUGUCGCUGAAGCUGUCGGAGAUCAUGAAGACGAGCUCCCAGGUGACACGAUGGUACCCUCUAGAGGGCGGGAUCGGAUUCGGACGCAUCCGGAUUUCGCUGCUGUUCCGCAGCGUCGAGACGAAGCUGCCGCCCAACAUGCUCGGAUGGGAUGUUGGAACGUUCGAGGUCACCUCUGACCGGAUCACGGCGAAGAAGUACCCGCACCAGGCCAAGAUCCGGCUUCGUACGGGCGGCAGCUCGGGGCGGAUUCCGCGGUCGGUGUGCCGCCGGGAAGAUGGCGGGAGCUAUUAUUUCGACCUGUCGCAGGGCUCGAAGGUGCGGUUGCCGGUUCGGUACCGGUAUCGCUCACCGGUGGUGUUUGAGUUCCACGUCGCCAACAAGAGAGGCGCGGCAGCGUACGCGGUGCUAUGGCUGCAGCAUCUGGUGGACAACGAGAACACGCCAAUCGAUCUGCCGAUCUGGACGACGAAGCGCGGCAAUCGCCUGACGCAGAACUACAUCACGGAGCAGAACUGGCGGGAGCUGAAACUGGACACGCUGCAGGACCUGACGGAGGUGGGCCGUCUCCAGUUCACGGCGCGGUUCUCCGCCGGCAUGGACGAGUCGCACAGGCGGUUCGUCGUGGACAACAACAGUCGCGAGACGUACGAGACGUGGGAGGCGUGUAUCUCGGAGGGGCUUCGGUCAAGGGAAGUGUCUGUCGAGACGCCGCAGGUCGUCCAGGAGCAGAAGUCGGCGGAUGACAGCAAGCGCAGCGGCACCUCUGGGGAAGAGACGCGGCAAGAGGUGCAGGCCUCUGAUGAACGACGAAAGACGACAGACGAACCUGCUGCCAAUCCUCCAGUGGACAAGCCGGAGAGAAAUGACGGUGACGGAGCAAGAAACGAUAACCAGAAGAACGACCACCCAGACUCACCCCGCGGCUCAGAAUCAUCCAGGGACGACAACAACGACAACAACAACACGACCAGCCAGGACUCAUCCUCCUCAUCUUCCUCCUCCUCUUCCUCCUCCUCCUCACCGCAGGAAACCACCCCCAUCCGCACAGGCAACAAAGCAAACAAGCGAAGCGAACGGCGCAAACAGCGGGGGAUGAUGCAAUGGAAGCCGGUCCGGAACGCGGUCUUUGCGCGGGACGAGGCGCGGUUCGCGCUGCACAAGGUCAAGAAGAGGAUGGGAUGGAUGC